ACUACAAAACUGAAUUGCCCCACUUGCUAGUUGCUACUACUAAAAUUCCUACCUUUUCUUCUUUUCUUUUCUUUCUCUCUUUGUUUCUCUCCAAAACAUAGCAUCAUAUUCACAUAAAGUUGUUCUUUCUCUUCUCCUUCCAAACCACUACUUCUUCCUUCCUUCCUUUUCAUCACUCGUCAUUCAUAUCAUACCCCAAAACCAAAAGGAUCAAUAUUUCAGUAACCAUGCCAACAAAAAUCAUGGGGGAUGAAGAAGGUGGUGAUUGUUUUGGAGAGAAUAAUAAUAAUAAGAGUAAUGAAGAGAAUAACAAGUGGCCACCAUGGCUGAAACCGCUUCUGAAAACAAGCUUCUUUGUUCAAUGCAAAGUCCAUGGUGAUUCCCACAAAAGUGAAUGCAACAUGUAUUGCUUGGAUUGUAUGAAUGGAGCACUUUGUUCUGCUUGUUUGGCUUCUCACAAAGACCACAGAGCCAUUCAGAUAAGGAGGUCUUCAUACCAUGAUGUGAUAAGGGUGUCUGAGAUUCAGAAAUUCAUGGAGAUAACAGGAGUUCAGACAUACAUAAUAAACAGUGCAAAGAUUGUGUUCCUGAAUGAGAGGCCUCAACCAAGGCCCGGCAAAGGUGUCACCAACACUUGCCAGGUCUGUGAUCGCAGCCUCCUUGAUUCCUUCACCUUCUGCUCUCUUGGUUGUAAGAUAGCUGGAACCUCCAAGAAGUACCAGAAGAAGAAAAAGUUAGAUGAUGAUGAUGAUUCUGAUGGUGAAGAGUCAAUGAAUGGCAGUGGCAGAAACAGAAUCCAGAGCUUCACACCGUCAACACCACCACCAACGGCGGUUACUUACAGGACUGCUAAGAGGAGAAAGGGUAUCCCCCAUAGAGCUCCAAUGGGGGGAGGACUAAUAAUAGAAUACUAAUGUUAAUGAUACAGCAGGUAAUGAUAUUGUCACUUUUAUUUUUUGCAUGAACUUUAAGAAGAGAGUGACAUUAUCAAAAUAGAAGUGACAAUAUAUUGCCACUUCCUAAAGUUAAAGUGGCAAUGGCGAAUGAGGCAUAUGCUUGAUAUAUAUUCUUUACUAAGUUACCAUACCUGAGCCCUGUCCAUGGAGGCCGGUAUUGGUUGUAUAGGUGGAAAAUCCAUAGAGAAAGAGAGAAUAAAGUAAAAAUGUAUGAUGAAAAAUCAAAUAAUAGUUAUAGAAUAUCCUUGGUGGUGUUAGUAUAAGAAGAAAUUAAUUAAGAGUGGUAUGGUAUCAGAUGCUAAAAUGUAUUUAAAGAAAAAGUUGUAAUUUUUAGACAAUAGAAGUGUUGAUCAACAUAAAUAAAAAUAUAUAUUCCAUAUGGUUUGGUAUAUAUGCAAUGUCCUAUUGUGUAUCUCCUUUGAAAAACAUGAAAGUGCGAUGUUGGCUUGGCUUCACCAUGAUGAGUGGUUUAUUUCAAUGGCACAAUGUAAUUAUAAUCAAAUGCUUAUCUUAA